AUGAGCUGGCAGGGUGGCGUUGUGGCAUCCUUCUUAGGUUCCUUUACAGGAACGUUGGGGACGCAGCUGAGGAUCAGCUCCCUGACACAAGAAGUCACAACCAGAGCUCAAUUGCUGGCGGUUUGUGGCUGGGGAUUUUGGGGAUUUGGACAGCUCUUGGGGCAGGUGGCAAUUCUCCUAGCACCCGCAUCUUUGACAGCUUCUGUGAAUUUCAGUGGCUCGCUUUUAAGUAAUGCAGUGUUGGCACCUUUUGUCCUCAACGAAAGACUCACUAAAUUACACUGGUUAAGCGUGCUGCUGCUCGUGGUCGGCAGUGGGAUGGUGACGUCGUCCUCCAGCCAUGCAGACCAGAAGUAUUCUUACCUGCAACUUUGCCAACUCGCACAUCGACCGACCUUUCUCACCUGUGCCGUCGCUUUCGCUCUAUUGUCUUUGCUUCUGCUCGGCCACGCGCUGAGGAGGCGGACAUUGGAGCUCCUUAGCUUUGCCUACCUCUUUGCACUCAUCGGUGCCAUCGACCUCUUGGUCACGAAGUUCACCUUGCAGCUGCUGCGCCUGGUGGUCGUCGGCAAACGGGAUGCACCUGCCGAGGGGGUCGUGACAUUCUUCACAGCCAUGACCUUGACGUUGCAUGUUGGCGUUUUCGGUUGCCAAGUGGCUGCUGCAUAUUACAGGAAGGCCCUGACAAGUCUACCCUUGUUUCUUGGGAGUGGUGCUCUCAUGCAAGUGAUCGUGUGUGGCACUUUUUUCGACGAGUUUCACAACUUCGGACUGAACCAGCAGCUGCUCUCCUUCGGCAGCGGUUUGCUUCUGGUCAUGACGGGUAUGAUAUGCACGAGUGUGGCAACCAGCAGUUUUCGGGAAGAGGUGCCAGCAUCAGCACCAACCACACCGGAAAUCCCGGACGUGGAAGCAGGCAAGGGCACCGUGGCCGUCCAAGAGGCGCAGAGGCCUCGAACGCCAAGUGCAAGCCCGAGCUCCCAUCGGCGGUCGGCCGUUAUUACUUCUGGCCUUUUGGAAAGGAGUAGCUCUUCCAUGUCCUCUGCUGAUCUCCUUCUGCUGGGCGACAUCCAACGAAGUGCUUUGUGCUUCGGGGGGCGUUAUGCCGUUGGAAGAGUCACAACUUCGAAGAUCAGCUUGCACCGCCGUUUUGCUUCUGACAACUUCCUCCUGAUGCCGCUCGCAUCGCACCAGGAUCCGGACAUCAAGGAAGGACGGCUUGGUCGAGCCGCCAGCGCACCUCCAGGCACGGAGCCUAUGGACGUCGGGGUGUCUGCUACGUUGACGCCAGCAUCUGACCUGUUCGUGCAGAAGCAGCAUGGUGCACCGAUAGACACAUGCCGCUUGCAAGGCUUCUUUAUGCUUGGUGUCGUGCAGGGCGUGACAUCAUGGCUUGUAUAUGUCAGCCUGUUCACGCGGUGCUUUCCGCUCGCAACGCGAUUGGUUAACUUACCUCUCAAAGACAAGUUCAAGGAUUGGCCUGGGCUACGGCAGCUGUGUUUCCAGAUUGCUUUCGAUCUGGCCGUGUAUGUGCCUUUUGUCCAUUUUCCAGUCUUCUAUAUUGCACAAGGCGCUGCGCACGGGGAGGAUGCAUCAUCCAGCCUGUCCAGGUGGCGAUCUAACCUGAUGCAAGAUGCUGCAGGUGGAGCUGCGUUUUGGCUCCCAAUGGAUGUGCUGUGCUUCACUGUUCCAAUGUGGCUUCGCAUGCCGAUCGGGUACUUUACCACUUUCUGGUAUGCGGCGCUGGUUUCCGUUUUCCGGGGCGGUGAGUUGCGAGCUUCCUUGGAAAGGCUGGACAACCUGGUGGAACGGAUGGCACGGGAGUUGGAUGCUCCAAGAUUUGACUUUCAUGUGAAUGCUGAAUGCCACGAAGGUUUGGUUUGGUCUGAUCGUGUCCCUUCCAACGUGACCGUUGCCGUGCAGUUCUUAGGGAAGUUGCUGGCAGAAGAGAGAGCUGAGCUGAAAGCCGCCAACUUGGCAGCCCAGCGGAUCUUUGCCGACCCAGCGGCGAAGGCUGGUGUAGCUGGCGUGUGUAGUCUAGCCAGGAGAUAUACCUCGGGUGUGGUUGAGUCUGCAAAGCCGUAA